AUGUCAUGGGAUGUAAGUGGGAAAGUAGGCGUUAUUACUGGUGCAUCAUGCUCUCUUGGGAGGGAAAUAGUUAGUCGCUUCGCUUUGCGGCAUCACAUGAAGCUUGCUUGUGUGUCACGAAAUCCAUUCACAACACCGCUGCUAGAUAAUUGUACUGCGUUCCGGGCUGAUGUCACUCAAAGCAAUGAUUGCAACAACCUUUUUAAAUCCGUACAGGAACAACUUGGGAACGUAUCUGUGGUUGUAAACUGCGCCGGUAUUACUCUCAACAAACUCUUUCUUCUUAACACCGACAAUGAUUACGACCUUGUCAUCAAAACCAAUUUAAUAGGUAGCCUCAACGUGACACGAGCUGCGUUACGUUACGGAGGCUUGCUUAAAAUGCAAGACUGCAGCGUUCUUUAUGUGGGAUCUAUCGUUGGCAUGACUGGAAAUGAGGGUCAAGUUUUGUAUGGUGCCACCAAAGCAGCACUCCAUGGGGCUAUUAAAUCACUAGGAAAGGAAUACGGUUCCAAGAACAUUCGGUUUAAUGUAGUUGCGCCAGGCUUAAUAGAAGGUGAGGGAAUGAGUCAAACUCUAACGGAGGCGCAGUGCGAGGCAUGGCGCAGGGCUUCCCCUUUAGGGCGAUUAGCAACCGCUAGUGAAGUGUCAGAGGUCGUGGUUAACACCAUUUUAUCGCCUUAUAUCACAGGGCAGUCAAUUAUUGUGGAUGGUGGGCUAUCUCUCUAA